AUGUUUAUGACCCAUGACCCGGGGCUUGCUGAGGAUCCGCCCGAGGUGCAGGAGUCUCUACCACCAUUCAUGGAUCCACCACCCCACUCCACCAUCUCACUAAACCACCCUGAUUCAGUAGAUUCCUCUCCCCGUUAUCGCAUGAUCGAAACCUGGCACGAUGACCCACUCGCACACGUGCCAGGUGCAAAGCUCCGCCUCAUGUGCAGCUACGGCGGCCACAUCAUGCCACGCCCCCACGACAAGUCCCUCACCUAUGUCGGCGGCGACACCCGCAUCGUCGCCGUUGACCGCCACUCUUCCCUCAAAGACCUCUCUUCUCGCCUAUCUCGCACCCUCCUCCAUGGCAGAACCUUCACUCUCAAGUACCUCCUUCCCAACGAAGACCUCGACAACCUCGUCACUGUCGCCACCGACGAAGACCUCGACAACAUGAUCGAAGAACACGACCGUUUGACCGCGAAACCUUCUUCCCCUUUGCGUCUUAGGUUGUUCUUGUUCUUCAACAAACCUGAAACUGCUGUUUCCAUGAGUUCACUGUCUCUCCUCGAUGAUGCCAACUCGGACACGUGGUUCGUGGACGCUCUGAACAACUCGGGGAUUUUAUCACGCGUUGUUUCCGAUUCUGCGGUUGCUUCGGAUUGCCUGGUGAACCUUGAUGCUUGUGAUUCGAGCAACAACUUGGAGGUUGAUGGAUCUUCAGUGGCUAAUCUGCCUCCGAUACGGGUUCGUGUUGUUGAUGAUAAUGGUGGCGGGGUUGAGAGGGUUGUGAUGGAGGAGAGUUUUGGUAUUGGUGCAAAGCAAGAUGAUGGGUAUGGAGUUUCUUCUUCUGGUGGUCUGAGUGUGGUUAAUAAUAGUAACAGCAACAGCAACAGUAACAGUAACAGUAACAGUAACAGUAACAUUGGUGAUCAUGAUAAUGUGAAUGGAGUUGUUUCUGUCUCUGAGGAUGAAAGAUCAGAAUCAGAUCAUCAUGGUCAUGGGGGACAUAGGAAGCCACCUUUGCCAUUGCAACUUGUGCAACCAAGGACUAGUUGUGCUUUUAGUUUGCAUUCUCCAGAUUCAGUUGCAAGUGAUAGCAGUAUUUCAUCUACUAAUUCUUUCUCAAAGAUUGUUUACUAUCAAGACCAAGUCCAAGCAGCACAUGUGGACAACAAAGGUCCAAUAACUUUGGCAAAUAUCAAGAGUGAAAUAAGAUCUAAUCAACACCAUGGACUACAAGUUCAUGAUCCGGGUACACCUCAAGUGCCAAUUUCAUCCUACUACCCACUUUAUGCCCCAACAUCACAACAAUACCCAGUUUAUGUGAUGCCUGUUGGACCUACACAACCGUACAACAUGACUUUGCAAUCCAAUAUAACUGACUCAAAUGUGGUAGCUUCAGUUAGGCCACUAAUACCACAAAGUGCAUACAAAGAUGGCAUUCCACCUAUUUAUCCCACUAAAUCUUCAGCCACCCCAACUAUUCCUGAUGUGGCUGCAAGUGUUUAUAAAGCCCCUUUGGCAUCAAAUCCUACAUUUGUUCAAGUACCUAUAAAUCAAUUUCAGCAACAGAAUGUGGGUUUGCCUCAACAACAUAUCCAUCACCCACCACCACAACCUAUUGUAGCUCCUACUUCCACCACUAAUUAUGGUUAUGAAUAUGGUGGACCUACGCAAGAUCAGGUAUACUAUACACAACACCAAGUUACUGCUUCACAGCAACUUCCUCAGUACCAGUCCAUGACCCCAGCAAUAUCAGAUGUUUCAACACAGUUUUCUGUAGACAACGUUCAGCAGCCAAGCAGAACUUCACAACCAGUAUGA